GCCAAGGCUUGAGUUCCUACUGGAAUGUCGAACCUUUCGUCUCUGGUUCCGGGCUCCAUCCCUGUGGUUUCUGCUCCUGACUGGUUUUAGGGUGUUUCUCCGCCUCUACUCCCCAUUUGGAGUGACGUGAGAAGGGAGAAUAGGCCUUCGGUAACAGGGUCGCCGGUGGAUGGAUCGGGAGACGCGCACCUUUGCCGAGCGGCACUACCGGAACCUCCCCGGCCGAGUCCCUGGCGGCGACGGGCCCGCACCCAGCAGUGUGACCUUCAUCAGGGCUCCAGACGCCUUCUCCUACGCCGACUUCGUCAAGGGCUUCCUGCUGCCUAACCUGCCCUGCGUGUUUUCCAGCGCCUUCACCGAGGCCUGGGGCAGCCGGCGGCGCUGGGUGACGCCAGAGGGAAAGCCUGACUUCGAGUACCUGCUGCACAAGUAUGGAGACGUGGUUGUACCGGUUGCUAACUGUGGAGUGCGGGAAUACAAUUCAAACCCCAAGGAGCACAUGCCGUUCCGUGACUAUAUCAGCUACUGGAAGGAGUACAACCAAGGAGGCUGCUCCUCUCCGCGGGGCUGCCUCUACCUCAAGGACUGGCACCUGUGCAGAGACUCUCUGGCGGAUGACUUGGAAGAUAUAUUCACGCUGCCUGUGUACUUCUCAUCAGACUGGCUGAAUGAGUUCUGGGACGUCCUCCAUGUGGAUGACUACCGCUUUGUCUAUGCGGGCCCCCGGGGCACCUGGUCUCCCUUCCAUGCGGACAUCUUCCGCUCCUUCAGCUGGUCAGUGAACAUCUGUGGGAGGAAGAAAUGGUUGUUCUUCCCGCCAGGGCAGGAGGAAGCCCUUCGGGACUGCCAUGGUAACCUGCCCUAUGAUGUGACUUCCACUGAGCUCCUGGACACCCACCUGUACCCCAGGAUCCAGCACAACAGCAGACCGCUUGAAGUCAUACAGGAGGCUGGAGAGAUGCUGUUUGUGCCCAGUGGGUGGCACCAUCAAGUGUACAACCUGGACGACACCAUCUCUAUCAACCACAACUGGGUCAACGGCUGCAACCUGGCAAACAUGUGGCAGUUCCUUCAGCAAGAACUCCAGGCAGUGCAGCACGAGGUUGGAGAAUGGAAGGACUCCAUGCCUGACUGGCACCACCACUGCCAGGUCAUCAUGAAGUCCUGCACGGGCAUCAAUUUUGAAGAAUUUUACCAUUUCCUCAAGGUCAUUGCUGAAAAGAGAUUCCUUGUUCUGAGGCAAGGGCUGAAGGGGGAUACAGGGGACAGCACGAGCCUAGGACUGGGCCUACAACAGGCUGCCUUUGAUGUUGGUCGCCUCGCAGAUGUGUUGGCCUCUGUGGUUGCACAUCCUGACUUUCAGAGAGUGGACACCAGUGCAUUUUCAACACAGCCCGAGGAACUGCUUCAGCAGCUCAAGGAUGCUGUGGCUGCUGCAGAAGACCUUUGAUAUGCUACAGAUCAAGAUGCAAGAUGCAAGAAGAGCUCCAGAGGGCAGCUCUUGCCCCAGGAAGUUCACGCUACCCUCCCUUGAGGCCUAGGAUGUGCCUCAAGCCUGUGCAGGUGCAGUUCUUGCAGGGUGGGCAGACACAGUCGUGCUCAUCCUGUGCUGUUUCCCAACAUCUAGGUCCUGGAUCUUGAGGAAGGUCCAGCCAAAACGCGAGUUUAGCUCAUGAUGAUUAAAGGGAUGUUACCCCAUCUGGCAUACAGCAAGCCUGCCAAGAACAUGAAUUAAGUAGUUGAUCAUGAAACCAGGUUUCCUUGGAGCCUUCCAUCCUCUCCUAGUGGUCCUAGGACUCCUGAGUGAUAGACAUCUGAUCUACCUUUGAGGUGUCCUUUCUUAAGCUGGGACAUAGUUGUGUAUGUAUAUAUGCAGUCUUCCUCCCAAGCUUCUUUGUCUUCUAGUUCUUUCCUAGGAGCUCCAGACUCCAGCUGGACUAGGAGGAGUGAACCAGGCUAUGACAAGUUGUAGGAGAAUUCUUAAGCUGGGUAUUGUUCACCUGUGGCUGGAGGCAUGGUGCUAAGUGGCUCAAAAAUGCAGGUACUGGUCCAGGAUGGAGAUGAUGAUGCGGGACUAGGGUAAAGUAGUUUUCUUCCCCACAGUACUUCUCCUAUGCUAGACCAUCUGCUGCCCAAGAGGGCAUAGUGCCAGACCCAAAGCAGAAGUAUAGGGAGCCUUGUAAAGGAGACAAAUAUACCCAGCUGGCCCUGGAUAAGUCAGUGCCUCCUGCACUCACUGCCCAUGCAUGUUCUCUCUGUCUGAGAAGGAGACAAGACAUUGCGUAGUGGCCUGCAUGAGUCCACAUAACGCCCUAUCCUUCUGGAGCCUGCAUGUCACCAUGUUCUCUGGGCUGUUUCUAGGAGUAGGGUUGCAGCUGCGGGCAGAGAGGUGCAGCCUGUGUGAGCGCCAGCUGCUUACUCUUGGCCUCAGCAUAGACCACCAUCAUGAGGCACAGCUGUAAACAGUGCUGGACUUGUAGACACCUUUGCAGACAGAAGCAUUGCCUAAACCUGCAGCCUUCAUGGUCUGAGGUGAGGCCUCAUAGGGAGAAGAAAGUUAUACGCAGAAUUGGCCACAGCCUUUGUAGGGUUUUUAUGCAGGACCUGGUGCCAGUGACAUCCCUGUGAUCCCUAAGAAGACCCUCUGGGUGAGGCCUGGGGGUGCUUUCAGAGGAGCCACUUGAAGCUUAGAGUGCUGACACUUUCCAGGGCACAGCUGGUGGUGCCUACAGGGUGGCACUGAGGCUGAGUUACACCGCGCUGCAGGUCUGACACAGGCUAGGUAAGGGUAAGAACUUGGGUUGGGGCAGGGGCAUUUAUUUUAUGCCAUGCCUGCCACAAGGAGUAGGUCUCCUUGGUUGAGACUACGGGGAGAAUCAAUGGAAAGAAAAUUAUUUAUUACUACCUUCAGGCCCUUUGCCAGCUAAGUAAGGAUAGCACCUCCUGUUUCAGAGCUAUGUCAGCAUUAUCCCAGGGAUAGUUAUCCUUAAAUAUGGCCAGGCAGAAUAAGCGUGCCCAGGCUAGGGCUGUGAGCUCCUGACCAGGGUUGUAGUAUCUGGUGCCCUGGUUCCUUUCCUACGUGGAGACACUUCACUCAAUUGACCCAGCAAUUUAAUUUACCUCCUUUACUCCAGACUGGCAAAAUUAAGAAAGAACACCCUGGGCAGUGUGUGACACACAUUAGCUACUAUGUUCCCACGACUGUCAUAAUUGGAAAUGAUAAUGUAGUCCCCAGUCAGAUUAACAAGCCAGGAGGGGUCCCAUGUUAAAACAGCUCUGCAGAUUAAGGUGCUUGCUGUGCAAAUCCAUCGACAAGUUUGAACCCUGGAUUCCGUUUCAAAGUGGAGGAGCCCCUUCAUGCUGCGUUGGUACUUCACAGACUACCAAAACCCUAGCAUGUACCAAGGCCGCCACAGUUUGAGCCUUCUGUAAGGGCCUCUGCCCAGCAGCUGGUUGUCCAGCCUUGGGCUGAUGCCACUCUUGUUGCUGGCUUUUGUAGCCAAAAAUUAGUAUUUCUCAGUAUCUUUUAUCAUCUCCUUAAAAAUAACUUCCAGCUGUUGGAUACAGUCUGAGUUUACCGACAUAUAUGUUCCUAUCAUGACACUGCUAUUCGCAAAAAGUAAUGUCUUUUGAAAAAUGAUGUGGAUUAACAGUUAAAAUAUCCUCCUAGAACCGAGUUAUCCCAUUCUUGCAAAGAAUUAAUGAAAGAAAACAUCCUAAUCAGAGUCUAAGAAGGGUCUCAAAUCUAUGUGUUCAAGGAAUCCUCUUGCCUCAUUCUCCUGCAUGGUAGGAUGAUAUACACAGGCCACUAUGCUUGGCUAAGCCUGCAAUUAAAUAACAUUUUAGAACUCAAGUGUAGAUAAACAUGCAAAUCGUGUGAGGGUAAAAUCAAGAGGGACAUUUUUAAAUAUACCUGAGAGGGGACUGGAGAGAUGGCUCAGAGGUUAAGAGCCCUGACUACUCUUCCAGAGGUUCUUCGUUCAAUUCCCAGCAAACACAUGGUAGCUCAUAACUAUCUAUAAUGAGAUCCGGUGCCCUCUUCUUGCGUGCAGGCAUACAUGUAAAUAGAACACUGUAUGCACAGUAGAUAAAUAAAUCUUUAAAACAAUUCAACUGAAAUUACUGAAAAUGAAGAGACAAUAUACAACCUUUGUAAGACAGCUAAGGCAGUACCUAGAGGAAAAAUGUUAAACUGGCAGUACUUAUGAACAAAGAUCUUGAAUCAGUAAUCCAAGAAAUAAAGUCAACACAAUAAGAGGGAAAUAACCAGCAGAAAUCUUUGAGAUAAAAGAAAACAGAAAAUAGCAAUGAAACCAAAAA